AUGAAGCGGAAAAAGAAGACAAAGAACACCGAGACUACCGCGAACAACACUCUCGAGCACAAAUUGCGCGAAUUAGGCGUGGAACUGAACACGGACGCGACGAAACUGAACAACCUUUCCCGUUUGCUUUCCGCUUUGAUUUCAUCUUCGCCGCCGCCAGGUUUGCGACGACGGAAAGGAGGAGAGGACGACGACGACACCUUCAAAGUCGAUGAUCGCGAAAACGAGAAAGACGAGGAGGAAAAGAAAAAGCAAACGUCGCAUCAAAAAGGAAAAACAGAGUGCAUUCUCGCCCUGGAGAAAUUCUUCUGCAAGAGACUCGCGCGAGGCGACGUGGAACAGGCGAAACGAGAUUUAAUUAGUCGAAAAGGAGGAGGCAAAGGAGGCAAAGGCGAGAACGCGACGUUCGCGACGAACAAAGAGGAAGAGCUCAAGAUAAAAUACCGCGCGUGGUUGUUGAAAAACUACAAACUGUUCGUAUCGAGAAUGAUUUACGUCUGCGCGAAGGACCGAGCGGCAGACGAGCGGACGAGGGUGGUGGCGUUUUCGGGGUUGAUGGAAGUCGCUCGGGCGGCGGCGGCGAACGAGAAGUCUUCGAGUAAGAGCGGUGGUAGUCAUUUCGAGAACGAGAUUUUCGAGAGAGCUUUGGAGGAGUGCGUGAGAAGUAAGCUGUGGUCGGACGCGACGCUCGGGACGUUGAAGAAACGGUACUUGGGGAGGGUGGACGUGCAGUAUUACGCGUAUAAAGCGGUGGCGAGGAUUGCGGGGAGGCUGGCGAGUGAUAACAAAAACAGUAGUGGUCGUUCGAAGAAGACGAAAGAAGAAGAAGAAGAAGGAGGAGAAGAAGAGGAAGACGUGGAAGCGACGAGCGCGGAAGUAGCGAGAAACUUGUACGACGUCAUCUCGAACGUGUCCGUCGAUUUCGAGGAUUACGAUCCCGAGAGUAAUGAUAAUAAUACCAACAACGCGACGACGACGACGACGACGACGACUGGAACAAAUUUGACGAGCAAAGAAGUUGAUUUUGCCGCCAUGCUCGGAUUGUCGAGCGAAGAUUUAGCUAAAGCUGCCGCCGCGUCGAAGGACGACGACGAGGAAGCGGAAACGACGCCGUGGUGCAGAAUGCCCUCGCAAGCGCUCGAUUUGGACGAACAAAACGAAGCGAAACGAAGGAAGAAAAGCAACGAGAAAGACAUAAAAAAGAAGAAGAAAGAGAACGAGAAAGCGACGACGACGACGACGACGACGAAUGUUGUUUCGAAAAUAAGCUGGAUGAACGGCGUGAAGCGACGAAGAGCAUUUAGCGACGCCUGGAUUGCGUUUUUACGUCUUCCAAAUUUCCCGGAAGACGUCUACCGGAAAAUUCUCGCUCGACUUCACCUCGACGUCAUACCGCACCACGUCAAUCCAGUUUUGUUGUGCGAUUUCUGCGUCUCCUCCGUAAACGUCGGCGGUUUAAUCGGCAUGUUAGCGUUACACGCGUUGUUUGUCCUCGUCACGAGACACAACCUCGAAUACCCAAAAUUCUACGACCGAUUGUACAAUUUAAUCAACGAAGAUUCGUUUUAUGCCAACGGCAGGAGGACGUUCUUCGAGUUAGCGGACGUGUUUCUGAAAUCGCCGGCGUUGCCUGGAUAUUGUGCGGCGGCGUUUUGCAAAAAGUUUGGACGAUUAAGUUUAAGCGCGCCGCCGGCUGGGGCGAUGUUGUGCGUGUCGUUUAUUCACAACUUGAUGCGACGACAUCCAAAAUCGUGUUUACCGUUAAUUCACAGAGACAGAGAUGUGGUUGGCGGCGGCGGCGGUGUCAAUAUUGACAACGCAGAGGAGGAUAAUACUGCUGCUGAAAGAGAUGAAAACGUGAUGAAACGAAAGUCCUCCAAUAAUACUACACAUCGAAGAUCUUUCGACGAGGACCCGUACGAUUUCUCGACCAAAGACCCGGCGAAAUCUCGCGCGUUGGAAUCCUCCCUGUGGGAAAUGACCGCCUUGGAAAACCACUACUUUCCUCAAGUCACGAAACUGGUCCAAAUGCUCCGCAUGGACCUCGGCGACCGGGUGAAAACGAAAGAAAUUGAUAUUUCCGGCGGCGGCGCCGAAGCGCAACACUCGUUGUGUUCCGCGAAUUACUAUUCCCUCUUGAAAGAAGAGUUGGACGUUCGCUUGAAAUCGGUGGCGUUGAAACACGGCACCAUCGGUGAUCUCGGUUUAUUUCACUCGGACGAGUUCGUCUCCGCCGCGGGGUUUGGAGAACUCAUUCAGUGGAAAGAAGAAGAAGAAGAAGAUUUUGGACGAUGA